CACAAGGGUGAGAAAGCCUAUGCAUAAACACACAGAGAAGGACAGAGAAGAAAAAAAGCAUAGAGGGAAAUCUAGUCAGACAUAGAAAUAAGAGAGAGAAAACAGAGGGGGAGGUAAGUGUAAGAGACAGAAGGGUUCUGCUGCUGUGCUGGGAUCAUGUCUCUUAAUGGGAAAGUGGCUCUGGUGACCGGGGGGGCUCAGGGCAUUGGGAGAGCAGUGGUUCAGUCACUGCUGCAGAGCUCAGCCAAGGUGGCCGUGGUCGACCUGAACAAGACAUGUGGUGAAGAGAGCAAGGCGCAGCUGGACGCAGAGUUUGGAGAGGGCAACUGCAACUUUAUUCCAUGUGAUGUUUCCAAUGGAGAUGCACUGAGAGAUGCAUUUCAGAGAACAGUGGAGCAGUUUGGUCGUCUGGACAUCGUUAUCAACAACGCUGGCAUCAACAAUGAAAAGAACUGGGAGAAGACCAUACAAGUCAACCUGACCUCUGUGAUUAAAGGGACAUACUUAGCACUGGAACACAUGAGUAAAGAGUACGGCAAGGAAGGAGGCACCAUUAUCAAUGUAUCCUCUAUGGCAGCCUUCCUGCAUUCUCCUCAUCAGCCUGUCUACACUGCUACUAAACAUGGAGUCAUUGGCUUCACUAGAGCUAUGGCGGAUGCGUCCUCUCAGGGCGACUACGGAGUUCGUAUCAACGUCCUGUGUCCGGCUUUCGUCGACACUCCUCUGCUGCACUCAGUGGAGCAUGAGGACAACAUGGGAAAGUUUGUCAAGUUUAAGGAUGAUUUCAAACGCAGCAUGAACAAGUUUGGAGUUUUACAACCUGCGUUGAUAGCGGAGGGCAUGAUGAGGUUGAUUGUGGACUCCACUCUGAACGGAGCGGUGAUGAAGAUCACAUGCUCCAAGGGAAUCCACUUCCACACCUAUGAACCCAUGUCUGCUUGAGCCUUGACAUACUGGACUCUUCGCUGCUGCAGAGGAGAACAAUACAGCGUUUUAUCCUGUCUGAAUGCAACACACCAGGAACUGGUUCAGGACAAUCAUUUGGAUUCUACAGGAAAAACUGACCUGAGUAAAGCCUGAUAGUGUAUAUCGGCCUACAAGUCUGUCUGAUUUUAAUAAUCAUGUUAAUAAUAUGAUAAUAAUGAUAGUAAUUGAGUCCAGUGUUUUCAAUGCUAGCCAAGAUACAAACCUUUGGAAAACCAAAGUUGUAUAUCCCUCUAUCAAUUAGAGGGAGUCAUUGACAUGCAGACACAAGUGAUUAUGCAGCUUAAUUGAUAUACAGUAUAUAUUUAAGCAAUAGCUGACGACAGGCCGUGGUAUAUGGUCAUUAUAUCACAGUUAAGGGGCGUGGUACAUC